AUGGGGAAAGACCUCCUCAGAGGAGGAAAUAAAUACUCCAUUGGAAUCGGAUGGAUCUGGCUGGCCAUUGUGUUCCAUUUUUCGUCUGCUGCUCUACAUGGUGGCAUGCGCAUGUGCAGUAGAGAUGAACAGAAAGAAUUUGAGUGUAACACUAGCCAGCCUGGUUAUGAAAAUGUGUUCUUUGACUACUUCUUCGCUGUGUCUCAAGUCACAUUUUGGGCCUUUCAGCUGAUUAUGGUCUGCAUGCCUUUGCUUCUGGUGGUCCCCUGUGCCUAUCAUGAGGGUAGAGAUAAAAACCACAGAAAGAAACUUUCAGCACAGGCACAGUGGACUGGGGGUCUGUGGAACCCUUACCAUAUCGGUCUCAUGGUGAGGACUGGCUUUGAAGUCGGCUUCCUGAUUUUCUUUUACAAACUCUAUAAUGGCUUCACUGUUCCUUGCCUUUUGAAGUGUGAUUGGAAGCCCUGUCCCAAUUUCAUUUCCAAACCAACAGAGAAAACCAUCUUCAUCUUCUUCCUGGUCAUUGCUUCAAGCCUGUGCAUUUCACUGAUUGAAUUGAGAUUUUUGUUUCCGAAAUGUUUUAUUAAGUGCUGCUUCAAAAAAUAUUCUAGUAGGCUUAGAUCCACAGCAUGUGCGUGCCACCACCUGAGAUCAGCAGAAUUCGAAGUUCGAAGCCCUGCCCCAACUCUACUCCAGAACCAUCUUUCAGACCGAGCUGCAAGCACAACCCAGUGCCAUGAAACAAAGUCCCUCUGUGAGACACCAGAGUGCUACAGGAAAUCUACCUACUUAUCUAGUCUGGACUGUGAAACAAAAGGAAAUGAAAUUUUUUUCAAUUACUCAGUUGUGUAUACUACACAGAGGUCUCAUUGUUCUAUUGUCCUGUUCAUAAGAUACCUGUCUGAGUUGUGA